GCUACUGGUUGGCUACUGUGUCAAUAUAAUCAUGCUGGCCUGUAGAAGCAGAAAGCAAAACACACUGCACGAUGCUGAAAUCUGACACGCUUCCAGCACAGAGCCACAGCAGUUGUGUCAUGCAUUUCUUGCAAAUAUAUAUAGCAUUGGCUGGUGAGCAACUGUCGCUAUUUUGACUGCUGCUUGGCAGCUGGUAGAAUACUGUGCACGAACACAGGUGAAAUUAAAUAAGUCUGUUAUUCUACGUCUCAGACUUGGCUAUAAUACAGUGAAUAGCAAAAUCUUUUUUGGUCAGUUUCUUUGAUUAUAAUCUUAUAUCCUUAUGUAAAUCACUGUUUCACUUUUGGGUGUUUGCGAUUGAAAGACUACAAAUGAGGUUCAUGUGAAAUAGGAGGACAUUACGAGGACCACUAUCACUAGGUCGAAUGAUCUAGUCAGGUUAAAAUGGCGAGAACUGACUGGACAUAGAAGAUGAAGACAAACAUAUUGACAACUGAAACACUUCUAAUAAAUAAUAAAAUUAAUAAAUGAGAUGAGUAACAUUUUUAACCAUCUAUGUUUGGCUAACAUGCAAAAGUGAGAACCCAACUAAAACAAUCCAUGUUCCUCCUCAUUUUUAUCCGGCCAGAUGUCUGGCUACUGGAAAAGCUUUGUUUUCAGUGCAAUUUGGUCAAUUCUUGUAGUGACUUAUAGGAAGCAGUGAUGCACCUUACUCCCUUUCCCUCCUCUGCUUUGAUCAAUGGCAAUGAUGCUACACUGGGGUUCAGGUAAGAAGAGCUCAUGUAAGAGAAAAAUUAUGAGAUUAAAGCUUCAAAAUACUUGGCAGUAUAUACAACCUUGGUGAAACCAUCAUAAGGAGGCACGGUCAGAAAACCAUUGUAGAGAAAGGCCUUAAGACCAUUCAAGACUGUUCCUACCAAACCUAAAAAAGUCCUAUAAUAUUUAUAAAGAUAGUUUGCUGUAAUUCAACCCUCUCUGGAUGGAAGAUGUGUAAUAUAUCUUACAAAUUCCCACCAUCUAGGUCAUUAUUAUUCUAUAUUUAACGGCUCGGGCGACCGUUAUGAUUAAGAACUUGUCGUUUAUACGUGAGAUUAAAAUAGUUUACUGUUAGUAGCAUUUUAUUGUAAGAUGUCUUUCGUGUUAGCUUUAAAUAGAAAAUUAUUUAGCGACAAAUUCAUACCUUGCGAUGACGCUGAUGAACAUAGAACUCUUCUGCUGUGAGGGAUAAAUAUGGUAAAAAGUUCAGCUUCCGACCACUAUCUAUCACCAUGGCAACAGAAACUGUCCUCGGUCGUGUUUCAAUGGUUCCGCCUCUGAUGAAGACAAAAACAGUCGAUGUAGUGAUACUACAUUCACGUACAGUAGGUGAAACGUGCUCAGUGAUGCAUGAAAGAGGAUAAUCCCGUGAACUUAAUCCCCAGCAAGUAGACGAGGCAAAAUAAAAGCCCCGACAGACCGCAGCGCGACAUUUGACCGAGUGAGCGCUCACUGACCUGUAUCUGAUGACGCCGAAUAUUUCUCGCUUUCACAUAUAGAGUCCCUUCAAAAAUGGCGAAAUAUGUCCGAAAAAAAAAGCAUGUCGGUCAGUAUAUCUUAUUUGUUGAUAUAAGUUGCAACGCCAGAGGCAGUGAACGACGCCGUGUUGCAGCGGACCUAGUUAAAUGUAACACAAAAACUUGCUUCCCCUUCCGCAUUCACGCCAAAAUACUAGUGUUAUCGACUGUCCGCGCUGCUUAAAGAAUAUUCCGUGGAACUGUGAAUUAUACGUGUCUAGCGUUUGUGUAACUAUCCGUUUUAAUUAGGUGUCACGUCGCUCGCGCGGUAGGACACGUCACCAUGGUAACACGCUUCAGUCAUCGGACUCUGUAUUAAAGAGAAGUGGGAAGUAGUCACGAUGUCUUCAGAGGUGGAGCCUUGUCAAACCUCCUCCCCACCUCCACAAGUCUCAUCCUCACCCCCCCCAGGUUCACAUUUCAUUGGGAAAAAGAAAGAUGUUGUCAUAACUGGUAGGGUGACCAAAUUGGUCAAUGGAUGUCGAGAUGUGUUGGUCCUAUACCACCAAGGCAGCUUUCAUGCAAUGGACAAGCGCUGCUACCAUGCUGGCGGAGCUCUGGAGUUAGGUGACAUUGAGGAGUUUAAUGGCAGGCUGUGUAUUGUGUGUCCCUGGCAUAAGUACAAGAUCACACUGGCAGAAGGGGAAGGUCUUUACCAAGCCGUGGAGAAUCCCACCGCCAGACCUCUGAGAACCUUCUGGCGCUCUAAGGGAGUCAAGCAGAGGAUUCACAAGGUCACGGAAGUCAACGACGAUCUAUACAUCACUCUGAAUGACUCAAAUGAGCCGAUCGAAUCGGAUAACUAUCAGACGGAGCGAUUCAUAAAUGGUCAUCUGAAGGUCGAACCCAAGACGUAACUGCUCAGUCAAGGACGACACUCGUCCCAAAAAAAAUGUUGAAAUUAAUGAUGUUCCAAGAUGUGAUCCAGGGAAGAUUUUAUAAUGUGACUGUGAUUGAAAAUUAUGUUUUUUUGUCCAAUCUGUGACGUCCUCUAAAUAAAUGUUUUGCGUUGG